AUGGUCGCUGCCGCUGACACCUGCAUCACAUCUGCAGCUCCCGGCAACGUCCAGGACCCUAUUUUGAGUUCCAUUGCCGCUGUUGCACCUCCCCUUUCCACUCUUAGCAGCUUGGUUAAUGCUUGGCAAUCGUCCGAUGGUAUCAACGGUGCUCUCGCUAUCCAGCAGAGCUACUACCCCCUCUACAGCUCUGUCAUUGCUCUGAGCUCCGCCGUUGCUACUCCUCCCACUAUUGCUUCUAAUGAUGUUGUUGUUUACAUCGACUCUUUGAGCAGCUUGGUUGGCGAUAUUUCUAGCCUUAUGAAUGCCCUUAAUGUGAAGGCUAAUGCCUUCGCUGCCAACGGUGUUGGUCCUAUUGUUGUUGGUGACGUCACUUCUUUGGCUGGACCUGCUUCAGCUAUCGAGGCUAGCCUGUUCGCUGGUCUGCCCACCGAUGCUCCUUGCGACCAGGUGAGCACCGCUGGCGAUAUUGCUAGCUCUUUCGCUUCCGCUUUCAGUGGUGCCGCUUCUACCUUUAGCAUUUCUUCGGGUAUUCCUACUUUCCCCCCUGCUCCUACUGCUUGCGCCACUUACUGCGCGGCAUCUUCUGCCCCCGCCGCAUCUUCUGCUCCUGCUGCUUCCAGCGCUCCCGCCGCAUCUUCUGCUCCUGCUGCUUCCAGCGCUCCCGCCGCAUCUUCUGCUCCCGCUGCCUCUAGCGCUCCCGCUGCAUCUUCUGCUCCUGCUGCCUCUAGCGCUCCUGCUGCAUCCUCUGCUCCCGCUGCUUCCAGCGCUCCCGCCGCAUCUUCUGCUCCUGCUGCUUCCAGCGCUCCCGCUGCAUCUUCUGCUCCUGCUGCCUCUAGCGCUCCUGCUGCAUCCUCUGCUCCCGCUGCUUCCAGCGGUGCUUCCAAGCCUACCGGUGGCGCCGCUGCUGCUGAUGCCGCUGCCACUUCCGCUGCCAGUGCUGCCGACGCUUUGGCCAGUGCUAUUGAGACUGCCACCAGCCCUGCCCAGCUCGUAAGUCCUUUCGAGAACCUCGAGGAUAGCCUUGGUUCUCUCGUCUCUGCCGUUGCGGCUGCUGGCCCCUUGGAUGCUGCUGAGGUUGGUCCUGCUGUCCAGGCUUUCGGUACCUUGGCUGCUUCUCUUAUCAAGGUUCUUACCAGCCUCACUGAGAAAGCUUCUACUCUUUCCAAGCGUGAGUUGAUGAUCGGUGCUAGCGACAAUGCUGGCGAGAACAUCCAGAGCAUUGCUUCCCUCGUUUCCCAGUACGAGUCCACUCUGUUCGCCAACUUCCCGACUGAUGCUGCUUGCUCUGAUCUGCAGUCUGCUUCCACCAUUGCUUCUAGCUUGGCUGGUGCAUUCUCUUCUGCUGCUUCUGCCUACGGUGUCUCUAUUGUUAGCUUCCCUACCCCCCCUGCUUGCGAGUCUGGUGCCAGCUCUGCCCCUGCUAGCUCUAUGUCUGGCAACGCUACCAGCAAGGCCCCUGUUUCCAGCGGCAAUGCUACCAGCAAGGCUCCUGUCACUAGCGGCAACUCUACUGCUACCGGUACCGGCAGCAGUGUCGCUUCGACCAUCACCACUGUUGUUACCGCUUACACCACUUACUGCCCUGAGGCCACUACUCUGUGCGUUAACGGCAAGUGCCACACUGUCACUGAGGCCACUACCUUGACCAUCACUGACUGCCCUUGCACUUUGACCACCGUUGUUACCGACUACGUCACCUACUGCCCUGAACCCACUACCUUUACCUACGGUCAGAAGACUUACACUGUCACUGCCCCUACCACUAUUACCAUCCCCUGCAGCUCCACUGCUGGCCCUGGCCCUGCCCCGGGUCCUACUGCCCCUGCUGGCACCUCUGGCGCUGCACCCGUUGUCUCUCCCGUGAACACCAGCCCCAGCGUUGCCCCCGCUAACUCUGGUGCUAUCAAGGGUGUCUCAGCUGCUGUUGCCAUUGCUGCUGGUGCCCUUGCUCUCCUUGCUUAG